AUGGCUUCCCUUUCUCUCCCCCCGCAGUCCCAGUCGGGAUUUCCUCAGCAUUUCGACUCUCUCCCUCCGCCCUCUGCUCAAUCGAGUCGUCGCCUCAGCAUGCCGGCCCCGUUGCCGAACCCGCCGUUCGUAUUUCCCGCUCACGAUCCGGACGGAGCCAAUCCCGACUCGCACGUGGAGACAGAGAGUCGAGCCCCCGCGGCGCUUCCGGCAUUUUCGUUCAAUCCUGGUGCUAGCCAGUCUCUACAGCCCACGCCACCUCCGAAUCCCCGAGCAGGCGGUCAUCGACGGCGGCCGAGUGAAUUUGUUGGGGGUGAUCAAUUGGUGACACCCGGGGUCGGUGAUGCGGGCGCCAAACCUGAAGAAUCGACGGGCUCAACACAACCGACUGCUCCGCCAGGGCCCCCUUCCGGUCGUGGUCCUGGACGACGACAUCACGCUCAUCGCCGCUCAGCAGCCAUUUCAGGUGUCGAUCUGAUCGCUAUCAACAAGGCCCUUGGAACCAACCCCACGGCUGGAAGCGCGCCCUGCACCCCAGGUGAUCGGACCUUUGAUAACGGACAUGAGAACACCUCUCGGCCUCUCUCUUACUCUGCGACGAGUCUUGGUCGUCCUACCCCUCCUGCAUCUCCCCAAUUUCCUCCGGUGCCACCGAUUCCAGCCGCUAUUCAGAUCCAACCACCCCCGCAGAAUGAUGAGACAGAUAUCGGGCGCCCUUCUUCGGCAGUAUCAUAUGAAGCCUUAGCAGCUAGCCCUAGUACGAUCAAAUUCGACAAACCGGAGAUUCCUGUCCCAGAGGUGCGUAGCAUGCCUCCCAACCGGAGGUCCAAGCCAAGGCCGAAAACUGCCGAUGCAUCUUUGGCUUUCGAUUUGGUUCAAAGCAACAAUGUUCCAGAGGUCCCGGCGAUUAAACGUUCAAAAUCCACUGGACAUUCGCGUUCCCGCAAGAGUAUGUCCACCGGACAUCUCGACGUCACACUCGAAAAUCCUGCACUCGACGACGCUCAUUCUACGGACACGUCCCGUCCUUCCUUCUCCGAUGACGGGUCUGAAUUGAGUGACACUGACCAUGAAGGCGACGAAACUUCGCCCUCGAAGAAAUCACGACACAAGUCGAAGAAGAAGCAGAAACGUGUUCGCUCAUGGGCCGGCGCCAUCUUGACCCGUGGUAAAGGCAAGCGCCAUGUGAAAUCGGAAGCCGAGGAAAAGCCAAAGUCGAAACCGAGACCCGCCGCUUUGACACCCCCAAUGCUCAUGCGAACUAAUUCUGAUGUUGGAUCGGUCUUGGAAGUUGAUUUUGACAAUGAUGAUGUUGUGGUCAUUCGUACUCCGACUAAUCCCGAAGCACCUAUUUCAGCUGCUGAGCGGACUCAGGAUGUGUCACCCGUGCCGAUUCCUACUCUUGAAACUUCGUGGAAGCCACGCAGUUUCUAUGAGCAGAAUGUCCAGACGCAACAUGACAUGUUACAAAGCCCAAUCAUCGAUCUUGAUGCUGCCCUUGGCCCUUUCAAUACCCCUGGCGAUAACCGACAGUCACGAGGCGUGCCCAGCAAAUUCUCUUUGGCAACCCAGCGCAUGUACAGUGGUGGACGACGAGGUGAAUUUGUUGGACCGGAAAUGCGGUAUCAUCGUCGGGCUGAGAGUGCCCCAGUGAUGCCUCCAUUUGACCGCAGCGCCUUGAGUCUCAACCGCCUUGCUGGCUCGUCGACGAUGGAAACACCUGAUGUAUUCUAUGAAGAGGAAGAGGACGCUUUUUUGGCUGCCAACCAGACCCCCAGGGAAGAAGGUGGCCCGGGUCCGUCCGAGGAAGCCAUUGCUACGUCAUCCGAUGAGGACGUGGAGGUGGACUCUGUCAAGCGCGUCAAGAGUAAUAACACGACAGACACCUUGACCCGGGCGCCUGCGCCUGUAGCCCAGCCUAAACCCACCUUCCAUGCCGGUCUUGGAAUUCAGGCAAAGGAAGAGCCCGCAAGUCAAAAGGAUACUCCUCUCCCGACCCAUUCUUGUCCAGUUGAGGCUAUGCAAAACACCCACAAUCCCUUCCACGGACAACCUCGCAGUCCAAUAGAGAUCUUGAAGUCGGAGGAGUCGAUUCCAAAGGCAAGGUGUCCGCCGAGUCCUGACGUCUCCCCUGGCUUCUUGGCAAUUGACAAGCGGCCUGCCACGUCGCCUAAUGAGCUGCUUCCUAGCAUUCCUCCGUUUUCUCUUUCUGCAGGAGUCUCGCCCUCGGACUCAUCCUUUCCCUCGCCAGAUGCUCCGCGAUCUUUCAAUGAUCGUCAUUUCUCGAGCCAUUCCUACCACCAUCUCCCUUCCGAUUAUCCUUAUGCUUCUGUGGAGGAUGUUCCUUCUCUCAGCAGCAGUGCGUCGACCAUGACCAACACCGUGAAUCGAUUUUCCGCGUCGUUCUUCCCUCGUGCGCGCCUGUCGACGGACCGAGCAGCGUCCUUCUCAGCUGCUGUCCACCGUCGCAGCAGUCAAGCAAAUGCCUCCAAACGGUCUAGCCUCGCGAGUCUUUCCAAGUUGGUUGGCGGACCUCAUUCCGAACGCAGCAAACUCUACCAGGAGGAGAAGCCUCCUGGAGAUGCACCUGAAAGAUAUAGGAAAAAGGGUCAUCGAUUGAGUCGCCUCAUGCAUUUCUGGAAAGUGAAGGAUAAAGAGAAACAUUGCGCUCCGCCCACUGCGUCCACCGCGUCCAUCGACCGGUCGGUAUAG